CCCCGCGGCUCCCUGCCCCCCGGCGCUCACCGCAGGGCCCCGGCCCUCCCGGAGGGGCUCUUGGGCCCUGCGGGGCGAUGCCCGGGGGAAGCGGGGGGGACCCGGCCCUGCCCGGCCCCGCCCGGCCCCGCCGCCAGGAGGCGAAGCCGCCCCCGGCCCCGAGGCUGGGCGCUGGCUGGCGGCCUCUCCUUGCUCCUUUAUUCCUUUUUUUGUUAUUCUUUUCCCUCAGGGGACAGCUUUAAGCGAGGCCCGCUUGGCUUGCGGGAAUUGGGUAGCGUCCUGAACCUCCUCGAUUCUUCUCACGAGGAAAGGUUUUGAGGUGCGUUCUCUCGUUGGGAGCGUGACGUCCCCAGCUUCUCCUGCCUUCGCUACCAUACCUCUCCCGCCCCACUGCCAGCCACCAUGGAUAAGACCGAGUUGAUCCAGAAAGCCAAGCUGGCUGAGCAAGCUGAGCGCUACGAUGACAUGGCCACCUGCAUGAAGGCAGUAACUGAGCAAGGUGCCGAGCUGUCCAACGAGGAGCGCAACCUGCUCUCGGUGGCCUACAAGAACGUAGUGGGGGGGCGGCGCUCUGCCUGGAGGGUCAUCUCUAGCAUCGAGCAAAAGACAGACACCAGCGACAAGAAGAUGCAGCUUAUCAAGGACUAUCGGGAGAAGGUGGAGUCUGAGCUCAGGUCCAUCUGCACCACUGUGCUGGAGCUGUUGGACAAAUAUUUAAUAGCUAAUGCAACUAAUCCAGAGAGCAAGGUAUUCUACCUGAAGAUGAAGGGAGACUAUUUCCGAUACCUUGCUGAAGUUGCCUGUGGUGAUGACAGAAAACAAACAAUAGAAAACUCACAGGGAGCUUAUCAGGAGGCGUUCGAUAUCAGCAAGAAGGAGAUGCAACCAACACAUCCAAUUCGCUUGGGUCUAGCUCUUAACUUCUCUGUAUUUUAUUAUGAGAUUCUCAACAAUCCUGAGCUUGCCUGCACACUGGCAAAGACAGCGUUUGAUGAGGCCAUUGCAGAACUCGAUACACUGAACGAAGACUCAUACAAAGACAGUACUCUCAUCAUGCAGUUGCUUAGAGACAACCUAACAUUAUGGACAUCAGACAGUGCAGGAGAAGAAUGUGAUGCUGCAGAAGGUGCAGAAAACUAAACUGCACGCGGGAUGUCAUUCUCCCUUUCCUUCUCAAGAAACCUUUUUACACGUCUCCAUUCCUUAUAGCUCCACUUGGAUUUCCUAUAGCAAAGAAAACCCAUCCAUGUGUAUGGAAAUCAAUUUAUAGUCUUUUCACACUGCAGCUUUGGGAAAACUCCAUUCCUUGAUUUGUGUUUGUCCUGGCCUUCCUGGUGUGCGGUUACUGCUGUAGAAAAGUAUUAAUAGCUUCAUUUCAUAUAAACAUAAGUAACUUCCAAACACUUAUGUAGCGGACUAAAGCGUACCUGGUAUUUAAAAACAAAUCUGAACCAGUUCCUGCCAGUUGACUGUGUUUUAUAUUACAGUAAGAUAUGGAAAUGUAGUUAAUUGCAACUAAAGAGUGUUCCACAUAGCUUUUAAUUCUCCACAUUCCCUUCUUAUUAUGCAGGGUUUCCUUCCCAUAAUUGACUUUCACAUGCUACUGUGUAUUCUUUUCGGUAGAGAUGCAGAAGUAUCAGGCCAGACAAAAUUGAGCAUUUCUAGUUUGAAAAUUUAUACAGGAAGCAAAUCAAUUUGUAAUGUAAUGCAGGAGCUUGCGUGUUUGAAAACAGGGGCUACUCUUAAUUUUCAGUUGCUGCUGUUUAAGUUGAUAUCCCUUCCCAAUAAAAGUUCACUUACACUCCUGCCUUUGUAGUUCUGGUAUUCACUUUACUAUGUAUUAGAAGCAGCAUGUUACUGCCGGAGUACAGGCAGUGCUUUUUGGCAGACUAAAGUGCAUGUCAUUUCUUAAUACACUGGAAUGGGAAAACCAAUUGAAGUUCACAUGUCCAAGUAUAAAAUUUAGUACUUUUCCAUGCAGGUUUGUGCACAUGUGAGAAGGUGUCAAGUUUGUCCAGUGAUUGUUAUUUAGAGAGUUCGGACCACUAUUGUGUGUUGCUAAUCAUUGAUUGUAGUCCCAAAAAAGCCUUGUGAAAAUGUUAUGCCCUCUGUAACAGCAAAGUAACAUUAAAUAAAAUUACAUUUUAUAAACCA